AUGGCUGAUGGCCGGGAUUUGCAUGCGGUGGUGAGUGGUCUCGCCACCUCCACCUCCACCGCCAACCCCGCCAACAACAACACCGACAACAUUGUUGACAACCCUUUAGCAGAUUUGGCUUCACUGACCUUCAACAAUGAAAGCGAUUAUGUCCCGUUUGGUAUUCCUGAUAUUCCUCAUCUUACUACUGAAUACACAAACCAGCCAUUUCAGCCCCUCCCAUUGCCAAUCAACCCUAAUCACUCCAUCAAUUCCGCUCUUGAUGGAAUAUUCCAAAACCAACCACAACCACAACCACAACCACAACAACAAAUAAUACAGUCUCAUGUCUGGAACUCUCAACCUGGUUCUUCUCUUGUUUUACCACAAUUUCAAGCUCCGACGCUUAAAGUACCAACAAGGAGGAGGAAUCCACUGAAGAAAAUUGUUUGUGAAAUGACUGAGGUGGAGCUCGCUUCUGACAUGUGGUCGUGGAGGAAGUACGGUCAGAAACCCAUCAAAGGCACGCCAUAUCCAAGACACUAUUAUAGGUGUAACACCUCAAAAGGUUGUGCUGCAAGGAAACAUGUGGAACGCAGCUCCUCUAACGCAGACAAGUUCAUGGUCACUUACAUUGGUGAACACACUCGUCACCGGUUGAUUCACCGGAAUCUCGCCGCGGUCAAGGCCCGAAACAAGGCCUCCUCGUCUCACAAGCCCACUCCAGGGAACUUAAUGGAGGCACCACCUCUCAACAUUUUCAAUCCUUCAAGUUCCUCUCCAACUCCAAUGAUGAUGGAAGGUGAAAGUGAUGUCCCACAGAAACCUAUAGAUGGAGUCAUAGACGACGAGGAUGAAGAAAUUAUGGAUGUUAACGAUGAUGAUGGUGAUGAUGAUGAGUGGUUUGUUUGA